AUGUUGUCAAAGAUUCACCGCGUAGAGCUCGACAACUUCAAGAGCUACUACGGCAAAGCUGUCAUCGGGCCCUUCAAGGAUUUCACGUGCAUUGUUGGGCCCAACGGCGCGGGGAAGUCCAACUUGAUGGACGCGCUGAGCUUCGUGCUGAGCAGCACCGUCACACAGGCAAGCGCCUCAUCGAUGCGCGGCAAGUCCGCGGUCGACUUCAUUCAUCGCAAGGCAAAGACGGCGGGCAACGGGUGCCGCGUGACUCUGGUGAUGCGCCAUCCGGCCUCGCAGAGGGCAGUUGCCGCCGCUGCAGCACCGACUGGCGGCGAGGCAGGCAAAAGCGAUGCCGUUCCGUCCGCCGCCCGUCGUGGCGCGGUCGUUGCCGACGACGGAGAGCACGUUCAUCACAGCAGCACCGUCGAGACCUCUUUUACUCGCCAGGUGGAUGUGCAGGGUACGGUCUCAUGCCUGCUCAACGGCAAGCGAGUGACAGAGAAGGAGUACGUGGCCGCGCUUACCGAGCACCGCAUUGGCGCCCGUGUUGACACGUUUCUCGUGUUUCAGCAUCAAGUGGAGGCAGUUGCGCAGAAGAAGGCGAAGCAGCUGACGGAGCUACUCGAGCAGGUCAGCGGCAGUGGUGAGCUUCAUGGUGAAUACGCGGCCAAGAAGGCCGCACUGGAGAAGGCCAACGAGGCGCUGACGAGUGCGUCUCUCGAAAAGCGAGGGGCUGCUGUGGCGGUGCAUCAAAUGCGACUGGCCAAGAAGGAGGCGGAGCGCUACGAGGAGCUGCAUCAGCAGCUGACGAGCGUCAGGCAAGAGCUAGCCCUCUCCGAGCUCUUCGCCGUCGAAACGGAACUUGAGAAGCACAAGGAAGAGCUGCAGCAGCGCCGCGACGCGCUUGCGGAACUGGAAAAGAGCAUUGCAACGGAGCAGGCGAUCCGGGAGAUGAAGCGGACGUACGCGACCCGGCACAAGACCUAUUUGGAGGAGCUGAAAAAGGCGCGUAAGUCUGCCGAUGAUCUGCGGCUUAAGCACAACACGGUGGAGCGCAUCAAAGCGGCGCUGGCGCACCUAACCCGCAAGGCAGAGCUGCAGCGGCAGGAGCUGGAAGCGGCGCAGAAGGCGACAACUGUCCGCUCUGCCGAGGCGGAGCGCCUCGAGGGGCAGCUGAAGAAGCAAAAAGCGCUGCUGGACACUUUCGAAAAACGCUGCGCCGCUGACGACACGAAGCGAGUCACGCUGGACGCCGUGCUCAAUCAGCAGCAGCUGGCCGAGUACCGGCAACUGCGGAAGGAGGCGGAGUGCGCGACCGUGAUGCUACGCCAGCGCCGGGAGACGGUGCUGCGGCAACGCGACUCCGCACAGGAGGCCCUGAAACAAUGCGACAGAGCUGCGGAGGCACACCAGCAGCAGAUAAAGGACGUCAGCCAGGCCAUUGAGACGGCCGCGAAGUACGGGGCUGAACUGCAGCGGCGCCGCAGCGAGUUGGAGGAAACGGUGAGCACGCUCAAGGCCCAGCUCACAGAAGCCAGUAAGGACCUUGAAACAAUGCAGAAGAAAAACAAAGCACGGGAGGCGGAGCUGGCACGACUGCAGGAGCAGUUGCACGAGCUGCGCUACAUGAAAGACACAAGCAAGCAGAACUUGCGCAUGGCGGACGCUCUCCAGGCCUUGCGCUCUCUCUUCCCAAUCCGCGGACGCAUGGUGGAUCUGUGCACGGUGCCCAGCGAGCGGCACCGUAACGCGGUCACGGUGGCCAUGGGCAAAAACCUUGAGGGCAUCGUUGUGGAGACAACCGCGGUGGCGAUUCGCUGCGUCAAGUAUCUGAAGGAGCAACGCAUGCCGCCCAUGACGUUUCUGCCGUUGGACGCAGUGCAAGGCAAGGCUGUCGACGACCGUCUGCGCACAUUUGGUGGCACAUGCAAACCCAUUGUCGAUGUGGUUCGCUUUGAGCCUGAGCUGGAGCCGGCGGUGCGGUAUACACUGGGCCAGACGCUGCUGUGCGACACGGUUGCCGAGGCCAAGUCGGUCGCCUACGGCCGCGACGGGGAGCGCUUCAAGGUGGUGACGCUGGACGGCACAGUCCUCCUGAAGAACGGGUCUGUGCAAGGUGGUUUGGCCUCCGUUCAGAGCCGCGCCCGCAAGUGGGACGAGAAGAAGUACGAGGACCUUCGCGCUGCCCGCGACCGCCUGUUGAGCGAAGCCGCCGGAGGUGGGGAGGCAGAACUGGCCCGCAUCCAGAUCUCGAUUCGGGACAUGGAGGCGCGGCGCGAGUUUGCUGAGAAGCGCGUCGCUGUAGUGCACACGGAGCAAUGCGCCAACGAUAUCAAGACGCAGCGGCUGACGGAGGAGCUGGCGAAGCUGGAAAGCCGCGGAGCCGAUUUCACGACGCGGCAGAAGGGAUACGCAGCGGAGCUGCAGGUGAUGCACAAGGAGCUACUAGAGCUCUCCAAGUCGAUCUCGCGCGUCGAGGGACAGGUUUUUGCUGACUUCCAAAAGAAGGUGGGCAUCCCCAACCUGCUACAGCUGGAAGGGCAGCAAACGCAAGAGGCAAAGCAGCGCGCUGAGACACGGCAGCAGCUGCUACUCGUGAUUCACAAGCUGGAGAGCUCACUCGAGAUGGAGGUGAAGCAGGUGGGCGACGCGAAGAUCGCCGACUUCGAGGAGGCGUGUGCGCGGCUGCACAAGGAAAAGGAGCAGUGCAAAAAGGACCUCACCGAUUACAAAGCGCUCGUGGAGAAGGCGGAGCGGCAGCACCAGGAGAUGAGGAAGACGGCUGCGCAGAGCCGCACCGAACUCGACUCGCUGGAGCAGCAGAUUCGAAACGCGACUCGAAACUCCGAGACUGAUCUGGUUCGUGUCGCCCAGGCGCGGAAGCUCGUCACAGGCAUUCAGCUUGCCUGCGACUCUCUGCGGUCGCGUCGGCUGAACCUGGUGCGCCGCUGCCAGAUGGACGAAAUUGGUAUUCCACUGAAGCCGGUGGCCAGCAGCGGAGCGAAACGCGCGCGCGGCGAGGAUGCGGACGCGGCCACCCGCGCCUCCUCCGGCCUGCCUACGCCGUCGUCGCGCCAAAGGUCUAGCGCCACGGGGAGUCGCGCGCAAGUUCUUCUCUCCGAGCCGUUCACACUGCUCGUCGAAGGCGGAGCGAGCCAGAGCAGCGUUCGCGGAGGAACGAGCGCCGCAUCUUUUGCCUCCUCGCCGGCCCUCGAUUCAGAGACGACCAUGUGCAUCGACUUCUCCUCGCUCACGGAGGCACAGCGAGUGGUGGCAGCGGACCGGGCUCAGUUUUCUGCAUACAGCCACCGUACCCAGGCGCAGUUGGAGGCGCUCGCGGCGGAGAUGGAGUCUGUGGCGCCAAAUAUGAAGGCCGCCUCGCGCGUCACGGCUUCAGAGGAUCGUCUCGGGGCGUCGUCGACGCUGCUCGACGAGGCUCGCGAUAUGGCCCGUGUGGCCAACAAGGAGUUCGCGCGCGUCAAAGAGCAGCGCACGGAGCGCUUCAUGGAGAUGUACGAGAAGGUGGCGGCCACAGUGGACCAGGUGUACCGCGAGCUUACCAUGGGCACCCGCGCCCAUGCAGUGCACGGCUCGGCGUACCUUAGCCUGGAGAAUGUGGAGGAGCCGUACCUCGGCGGCACCACCUACCACGCCACACCGCCUCUCAAGCGCUUCAUGCCGAUGGAGCUGCUCUCCGGCGGAGAGCGCACCAUGGCGGCGCUGGCGCUUCUCUUUGCGAUCCGCGAAGUCUCCCCGACGCCCUUCUUCGUGCUGGAUGAGGUGGACGCGGCGCUAGACGCCGGCAAUGUAGAGAAACUUGCGAGAUACCUUCGCAAAAACUGCCAGUCGUGCCAGUUCGUCGUGAUUUCGCUGAAGGAACAGCUUUACCACAUGGCAGAUAUGCUGCUGGGCGUUAUGAAGGACAAGGAUCGGGAGAGCUCUAAGGUGCUCACCAUGGACCUGCGUGGCUACCCGUACUAG